AUGGCAGGGGCGAUUUCCCGUCCAGAAGAAGGCGACGAAGCGCCGCACUCCUCUGCAUCUGCAAACCGGGACGCGGAGGCUGCAAACCGGGACGUGGCGGCUGCAAACCGGGACGUGGCGGCUGCAAACCGGGACGUGGCGGCUGCAAACCGGGACGCGGAGGCUGCAAACCGGGACGCGGAGGCUGCAAACCGGGACGCGGAGUCUACAAUCCUCGACGAAAGGCACUCCUACAGAGCAGGCAGCGCGGGCAGUGCUGUCUGCACUCUUGUGGACACUUCAGUCUUUCAAGAUGCGUAUCACGAAGUGUUUGAAUCGUCUUCUUCGCCGUUCGAGGACGACGGGAUGUACACUUCCGAGGAGGAGCUCUACGAGCCGGAACUGUCUCUCAUGGAGCUCAUUCAUCCCGCAGGGCCGGACGUCUCCGCGGAGUCCUUGGGUGACGAGGCAACGCGCCGCUCUCGCCUUUGGAGGGAGACUGUCCCCGCAACGGCAGCUCCGGGAGAGGCAACUGCCCACCUUUCUCUUCUUCUCUCCGACGAGGCGGCUCAGCAGGCGACAACUCCGCAUUUGCCGCCGCACAGGUCCGUAGAUGUGCAGCAGCCUGGGCGAGAACAGAGACGAAGCGCGAGGCACCAGGGAGACGGAAAGGACAGCCAAGAGUGCCGGGAGCAAGGUCAGCACGGAGGCGCAGAACAGGGAGAAAAUGGAGAGGAUCGAGAAAAGAAAGGAGGGGAGGAAGGAGACGGAGAAGAAGAGCACGCGGGGGCGAGGCCGAUGGAGUUUUCGGAUUUCGAGCUUGACGCUGCUCUGCUGAAGAGUCUCGAUCGAUUGCGACUCGCCAUCCCGUCGCCAGUGCAGUGUGAAGCGAUCCCGCCUGCUCUCAAGGGGCGAGACGUGAUUGUCCAGGCCAAGUCCGGCACCGGAAAAACCGUAGCUUUCUGCCUCGUUCUCCUUCAGAGGCUGCUUUGUGAAAUCGAAAACACCAAGCGCGCCGUCGCCCUGGAAAAGGCGAAGGAUUUCUACCACAGCUACGACGCUCGCGUUGCCCCGCCAGCCGUUUCGUCUUCUUUGGCUGUCUCGUCCUCUCCCUCUUCUUCCUCCUCUUUCUCUUCUUCCAUCUCUGUUUCCUGUUCUUCUGUCUCUGCGUCCUCUUCGUCUGAGUCUUCUGCGCCGCGGGCGCCUUUUCCGCCUCCGGCUGCCGCCGCGGAGGCUUACGUCCCUUCAAGUGCUGCAUGUAAACCUGAGGCGGAAAUCGCGAAGAACGCCGCGGUGGGGUUUGGCCUCGUCGUCGCCCCUACACGCGAGCUCGCCGUGCAAAUCGCCAAUGAGAUGGGGCGUCUCGCCUGGUGUCUUCGUCCGACGGUGCGCCUCGCCUGCCUCUUUGGCGGCAGACCUCUCAGCGUUUGCCACCAGCAGCUGCGCGAACGACCGCACCUGCUCGUCUCCACCCCAGGGCGUCUGCUGAGCCUGCUGAGGAACAAAGGAACGCAGAAAGUCCUGUCGGCGUGGCCUUGCCUCUGCGCCGGGACCGAAAAAGGAGCGAAGCGAGGCGCGCGCGAAGACGCCGACGCGGAGACGGCGGAGCCGCUUGAGGAACACACUGCAGAGACGGUGGCUGCCUCCUCGAGAGGACGGGAAGAGCGAAGCGAAGGCGAGAGCGAGACACCAAAAGAAGAAGCCGGUGAGAGCGAGACGCCGAGAGAAGAAGCCGGUGAGAGCGAGACGCCGAGAGAAGAAGCCGGUGAGAGCGAGACGCCGAGAGAAGGCGAGGGACGGCGAGAGGACGCCUCGCGGACGAGUCUGGAGCCGACCCGUGGCGAGGCACAGGCAACCUUUGGGAGCGCGCUCACGCGGGCCGGCGAAGACGGGUGGGGAGAGAACGCAGUCGAAGGGAAGGAGGAUGAGGGCGAGCGUCGAGUGGGUCACGGCGAAGCCUCAGAGGAUCGAGACGGCAAGCGGAACGAGAAAGGCAGAGAGAAGAAGCAAAAAACCGAAGCGAGAUUCUGCCGACCAUGCCGACGAAUGUCGGCGGCGACUCGCCUCAAACGCCAGAUGCGCCUCCUGGUGCUCGACGAGGCGGACCUUCUCCUGGACCACUUCUUUCGGCCGCAGAUGCAGUCGCUUUUGACGUCUCUGCUCGUCCGCAGCACGCAGCUGAUGGCCUUCUCAGCGACGUUCCCGCCGCCUCUUCUUUCGUUCUUCGAGGACCUCGUUGAGGCUCUGGACUCGCGAAGCAUCGCUGCCGCACGCGAGAGGAGUUUGCGCCGGGAAGACGACGAAAAAAGGCGGCGAGCGAUCGCGUUUGUCGUGGCGCAUGCAGAGGCGCGAAAGCGCGGAGGCGACCAGCGAGACAUUGUGCAGGGAUACGUCGCAGGCCGAGAUGCACACAACGAAUCCGACAAAGGAGGCGCCAAAGACAGGGAGUCUAAGCGACCGCUGGGCGAGGCAAACGCGAAGGGCCGGCCAUCAACCGCACGAGAGGACGAACAAGGAAGCGACCGAGACCAAUGCAGAGAGCCAGAAAAAAAGAUGCAGGACGGGAGGCCAGGGACGAAUGUCGCGCAGUUCACGCAGGAGCGCGAGGAACGUGAGGCCGGUGCACGCGAGGCGAGUCGCGAGUUGUGUGAACCACGCAGUUUCCAGCGGAUUCUGUUGUGUUCCUCGCUGAUCAUCCACGCGGGACUCGAGCGUCGAGACGGCGAGGAGAAGAGGCGAGGCGCGGCUGUCACCGCUUCGCGAGCGCAGACAGCUGCCGAGGCUGCGCGGGCAAUCGCAGCUGAGCUGGCCGAAAAAGAACGGAGAAAGGCAGGCAACACAGAAGGCGAACGAGCAGCGGCACCGCAUGCAGAACCAGCAGCGCGAGAACACAGCCAGGUGGUCGAGGCAAGAGAAACGCUGAAAGACGGGGACCGAGAAGGAGAAGAGGAAAGGCUGGGGCAGGAGUGCAUCGACGGCAGCGACAGUGUCCCGUACCAAAUGGAGGCAAGGCACGCAAACGAGGAGACGCGAGACAAGGCAGAGAGCGAUCUCGUGGAAGACGGAAGAGAAGACAGGAAGGAAGCGAGUGCGACCGGGGCAAGUACAGAGAGUAGCAGAGGCGAUCGAGGGGAGAAGGGAAUGAUGGACGGCCCAGAGCCGGAAGGCCUGCACGGGACGGCACAGAGCGACGAGAAGGGAACCGAUUCGAGAGCAGAGGGAGACAAGAGCGGCGAGUUGACGACCGUGGCCGAAGCGAGGCAAGAACCGCUGCGGGUGGAUCCUCGCACGAAACCCCGGCAGCGCUGCGGAGAAGAAAGAAACAAUAAAAAGGGCGGAGACACUCGGGACAUGCAAGAUCCAGUGGAAAGCCACGAACAGGACGCAGCGUCAAAAGAGUCCGUUUGUGCGGUUUCGUCUUCUUCCGCAUCCACUGUUUCUGUCCCGUCGAGACCCGCCGAUCCCCGCGGCCCUCCGGGUUCUCGCUCGACUACGUCUCUGCCUUCUCCGCUUCUCGUCGGAAUUCACUACGCGCUCUUGGUCGUCCCAGAUGAGCCGACAGUCAUGCGGCAGCUAGGCGCGAAGGUUCAGGUCUUGCUCCGUGUCUUGUCGACUCUGCCGUUCCGCCAAGCCAUCGUCUUCUGCAACAGCUUCGAUUCAGGCGCACAAGUCGCAAACUGCCUCAAUCAGCUCGGCGUGGCGGCUUUGUAUACGAGUGCCCGCCUGAGACAGGAAGACCGCGUGCGAGCGCUCCUCUCCCUCAAGCGCGUCGGUUGUCGCGUCCUCGUCUGUUCGGACGUUAUCAGUCGUGGAAUCGAUGCCGCAGGCGUCGACUUGACGAUCAACCUCGACUUGCCUAUGGACAAACAGACGUUUCUGCAUCGGAGUGGCCGCGCGGGACGCUUCGGCGGCGACGGCUUCUGCAUUUCGAUUGCCACGGAGAACGAGCGACCGUGCUGGGAGUAUCUCGCAGCCUCCUUUAAAAUCUCCUUACAUGCAUCCCUCGAGAGCCUCAAGUCCUUUGUGAGGCUCCACGCGGUCGGGGAGAGCCGGACCCAGGCCGCGCCGAGCUGUGAUCGCGGUGGAGAGACGCCGCGCCGCUCCUCGGCAGCAGAUCCCGGCGGCCUCGACGACGCGAAUCGAAAGCAGAAGGAGGAGAUUCCGUCCCGCGCCGACUCGAGUUUGGACGCAGCCGAAUUCAUCAGCGGUGUUCGAGACGGUUGGUUCUCAGUCGACUCGGCCUAUAGGGUGUCUGAGUUGGAGGAAAACUCCGAGACGCUUCCGCCUCAGAGGGACGUGUUGAAUGGCGACGCAAAAGGGAGUGGCCGGACUCCUGCUCAAUGCAUUUCGUCAACUGGUACCGCGCCUACCCUUUCGGUCGCCUCACGAGCACCGUCUUCCAACGCUUCGCCGUCCUCGUCCGACUUGCCCUUGGCUUUGUCUUCGAAAUCGGCGUCUUCUUCCUCUUCUUCCGCUGAGUCUGGCUCGGCGACUUGUUCUUCGAAGUCGCUGCGUUUGGUCUCGCAAGUUGGGGAUUUGCAUGCGCACCUAGCAGGGACUAUCCACGGGCGUCUCGGGCAUGUUUCUGCAUCAGCUGCUCCCAGGGUACUCCGCGCGCGGGGCACGUCCCAGCGACGACCCAGCACCGAUGAAGAAGACCAGACAGACAAGAGAGACAUGGCGGAAGGCCGCAGCUCGCCGGUUCCUCGAGAAGAGCAUCUUUCGGUUUCAGCAGCUGCUGCCCCGGCACUUGCGCCACAUCCGGUAAACUCCGCGUGUCAGCCUGUCGCGCCUCCUCCUUCUCUACAACUGCCUGCGCCUCCCCUUCGUUUGGGUCCGUCCUUCAGCAUCAAAAAAAGUGAGAUCGAGAGGACAACCUCCACGCGUGAGUGUCUCCUUUCCGUCCCUCUCUUUGGGUGCUAUCUGAACGGAAUACCUGUCUUGGGGUCCUCCCCUUCCUUUUCUUUGCCCUCCUUGUCUUCGCCUGGCUCUAUCCCUUCUUUCGGGUCUUUCUCGCCUCCACCCCACGCCUGUUUGGAGACCUCCGCGAUUGUUCCUUCCUGGUUUCUGAAAGUGGAUCGGCUCGGCGACGCGCGGGAACGUCUUCACACCGCGGCUCAGGGGGCAGACAAAGAAGACCGGCCAGCAGAACGAGGCUGGCGUCUCUCGACCGCCGAGUCUCCGAUGCUAGAGCUCACAAUCGGGUGCACAUACGCGAAUGGUGCGGUCGCGGCGGCCACGUUUCUUCAAGAUGAACUUUGCCAAGCUGCGUUUCCUUCGACUCUGUCCGUUCCCACAAUCUCCUCUUCUUUUCCCACGUGUGGGACGCCUUCUGAUGGCUAUCCUGCUUUUGUCGCUUCCUCGCCCCUCGCGGCUGUUCUGUUCCCGCACCCGGGUACACCCCAGACGGAAACGCCACAGCUGACACGAGGCGACAGCGACGACGAGAAGGCUGAGGAAGCGCGAAAGGUGGAAAUGGUCAAAGUGAGGUUCGGCAAGAAGGCGCGGCCGAAGCUCGCGGCUCUGGCUGGUGCCGUAGCGGCAGGACGUUCCGGGAUCGGAGGCGCGCCGGGGCACGGCGGUGCGGCGCCUCCGCUGCCUCGCGAGGCAGGCAAUCGAAAGAGCACGGGCGAGAAAAAGAGAGACUCCAGCGAGGGAGGAAGGCGAGGAAGAGAGUCGGAUGAGGACGGCCAACGUGAACAAGAGAGGCGGCGAAGAGAGAAGGACAAAGUCGAACGGGGCAUUUGCGGUGAAGGCGCGGACGUCGUCGACGACUCAGACGAGGGCUCGGGCUUGCAGGUCGUGGUUCUUGCCAUGUGGGCGGAGCAUGCACACCAUCUUGCGCGGGUCUUUUUCGAGCAUUCUGGAGCAAACCCCUGCGACGCCACAACCGCCGCCAAAGGCAAAUGCCGGCAAAACGGACCGACGCUUAGCUUUGCGUCUUUUUUGCGUUCAUACCCUUCUUCCCAGGCCGCUUGUGUGCCCGCCUCCCGCUCCCCGGAUGCGCCUUCGCCACCGUCCUUGAGUGGCCCGAGCGCGCGACGUAGGGAACCGGAAGAAAAUGCAACGAACGCAGCCUGCGUUUUCUCUGACUCGAAAAGAAGAGGAAGAGCAGAAAAAGGGAACGAGGAAACGUCCGAUCGCGGACGCAUCUCGGCGAGCGUCGAUGCCCGAGGGAUGUUUGCCAUGUUCCAGCUCGCGUGUCGCGCGGUGGCGAGGGAGCGUGGAUUCCGCGAAGAUGCACAGGAAAAGAAUGGACAAAGAGAGAGGGAAGAGAUCGAAGCGGUAACGGCAGGCUCCGAGGCACACUACCACUGCAUCGGCGCACGAAACAGGGGAACAAAUAUCCGUGACUCCAUCAGGGAAAUGAAGACGCUGCAUGCGCUGCUCUGGGCAAGAUGGGCCGCCGGCACUCAGAAGCCGGGCGAGAGACUGUGA